AUGGCCGACUUUGAGAAGCAGAACUCGAGUCGCUAUGGCUCCUCGGACGACGUGGCCAAUGAUGGCUACUACACCAACGAGGUGCUCGUUGACCCCGACGAGAAGAAGAGUCUGCACAGAGACCUGUCUGCGCGGCAAAUCUCCAUGAUCGCGCUUGGAGGUGCUAUCGGAACGGGUCUAAUUAUCGGAUCGGGAACUGCACUCGUGCGCGGAGGGCCACUCGGUAUCUUCCUGGGAUAUAGUUUCGUCGGACUUGUUUGCUACCUUGUCAUGGUGGCGCUCGGAGAGAUGGCCGCGUACCUGCCCCACAAGAAGGGCUUUCCCGGGUACGCGACUCGGUUCGUCGACCCCGCGUUCGGCUUUGCGCUUGGCUGGAACUACGUCUUGAAGUACCUCAUUGUCACCCCGAACAACAUCAAUGCCGCGGGAGUUGUCAUCCAGUACUGGACGCAAAAGGUGCACAUCGCGAUCUGGAUGGGUGAGUUAUCCAAACCUGCCCAAUCAGUCUUCGCGAUCAACCUGCUUGGUGUGCGCGUGUUCGGCGAACUGGAAUUCUGGUUCAGCAGCAUCAAAGUGGUCACGCUCGUUGGACUCUUGCUCAUGGGCAUCAUCAUCGACCUCGGCGGCAACCCGAGGCACGACCGCUUAGGUUUCCGCUAUUGGGACGAUCCAUAUGGGCCCAUGGGUGGUUACCUCAAGUCCCAGGUGCAUAACGAACAUCUCGCGAUUUUCUUGGGGUUCUGGAGUACCUUGACAAACGCGUUGUUCGCGUACAUCGGUACGGAGCUGAUCGGUGUAACCGUCGGCGAGGCGCAAGCCCCACGCAAGAACAUUCCGAUAGCUAUUCGCAGGACAUUCUUCCGAAUCUUGGUCUUCUACGUUGGCGGUGUCUUCGUCAUUGGCUUGAUUGUCCCGAGUACAAACAACGCAAUUUUCGUUGCGAACAAGUCGAAGGCUGGUGCUGCGGCUUCGCCGUUCGUUGUCGCUACGACCCUGGCGGGGAUCAAGGUCCUCAACCAUAUCAUCAACGCCGCCAUCCUCAUUUUCGUGCUCAGUGCAGCAAACUCUGAUCUGUACAUCGGUACUCGUACCUUGUACGGUCUCGCAGUUCAAGGCCAAGCCCCGAAGAUUUUCGCGCGCGUCAACCGCAUGGGUGUGCCGUACCCAGCGUUGAUCCUCUGCACUCUCUUUUGCGGGCUUGUCUUCUUGAACGUCUCAUCUAGCAGUGCAAAAGUAUUCGGCUGGUUCGUCAACUUGGUGUCCACGUUCGGCGCGAUCACCUGGAUGUGUAUCUGCUACACGCACAUCCGCUUCAUGAAAGCCUUGAAAGCGCAGGGCAUGUCCCGGGACGAUCUGCCAUACAAGGCGCCGUUCCAGCCUUGGGGUUCUUGGUUCGCCCUAGUCGCUACCGCUAUCAUCACGCUCUUCAAGGGCUUCGAUACCUUCAUGCCAUUCAAAUCAGAUACCUUCGUCACGUCGUAUAUCGGCCUCCCGGCGUUCGUCUUAUUCUAUGGGGUCUAUAAACUCUACUACCGCAGCGUCCAAAUUCCAUCCGACAAGGUCGACCUCAUCACUGGGAAGCGGGAGAUCGACGAGGAGGAAGAACGAUUCAACAAGCAGCAGGAGCUCAGAGGGCCCCGAUCGCGGUGGCGACAAAUUUGGGAUUCGCUGUAG